AUGCGGGUCGUAAAAUCUACUAUCACUCUCAACAUCACGAAAAUCGUCAUCAUCACCAGACUCGAUACGCAAGGUCAAUACGAUGCCGAGCCACAAGACAUUCCGAACCAAGCAGAAGCUGGCCAAGGCCCAGAAGCAGAACCGCCCGGUUCCGCAAUGGAUUCGCCUUCGCACUGGCAACACAAUCCGCUACAACGCCAAGAGAAGGCACUGGAGAAAGACUCGCCUGGGCAUCUAAGCGAUUUCGCCCAAUCACCUGGCAUUCCCGACCCUCUUGCACCGACGGUACCGACGUCUGGUUUCUUUGGCAUGGUUUCGCGGUGA